ACAUUGACGAAUGUCAACAGCAGCCUCCGGUCUGUGGCCACUCCUGUGUGAACACACCCGGCUCGUAUCAGUGUGGUUGCCCGGAUGGUUACCGGUUACAUCCCAACGGCAUUCAUUGUAUCGACAUAAAUGAAUGCAGAAUAAACAAUGGCGGAUGCUCCGACACGUGUUAUAAUACGCCCGGAUCUUUCAAUUGUAAAUGCCCACGUGGAUUUCAGCUAAUGGCCGGCGGCAAGAUUUGUGAACAAAAGUACAAAUGUCUUGGGUUCGGAUGUGCACACAACUGCCACCAGGCGGAGGUUUGGUAUGAACCUUACUGUACGUGUAACUUGGGCUAUAAGCUGGCAGAUAAUGGAAAGGACUGUGUGGAUAUGAACGAAUGUGGAUUCUUUCACCGAUGUGACACUAGUUCAGGAGCUACUUGUGUGAACGUAGUUGGGAGUUACAAGUGCGUCUGCAAUGAACCAAAUAAAGUCCUCAGUGCUGACAAAUUAAAAUGUGAAUUAAAGGCGCAAGUGACCUGCUCGUCUUUGGGGUGCAGUAACGGAUGUGACGACACACGCUACCCGCCUGUUUGCACGUGUCCCAAUGGUUACCGCCUGGACACCAAUGGACGAGAUUGCUCAGAUGUGGACGAGUGCGCUGAGCAAACCCAUGGCUGCACGGACACGUGCAUCAACACCGCUGGAGAUUACCGCUGUGAGUGCCCGGCUGGUAAACGACUCAGCAACGAUCUGAAGACCUGCGUCAGCCUUUCACACGUGGCGUGUCCCAUGCCGACACUAUUCAGGGGCAGCGUGAACUGCACGUCCACCUCGUACAACCCAGGCACCAUAUGUACCCGGUCCUGCAGAACAGGGUUCGCAUUGUCCGGUCCUCCCAGCAUCAGGUGCCAGGACAAUGGAGUCUGGACCCCCGACAUCCCGGCACAGUGUACAGAUAUAGACGAGUGUGCAAACAACAAUGGCGGCUGCGAACAAACCUGCAUCAAUUUCCUUGGCCAACACGCAUGCGCGUGUCAAUCAGGAUUCCUCCUCAGAACGGACCGAAAGCAUUGCAAAGACGCCGAAAACCCAGAGUUCACAAACUGCCCAAGCAACAUAGAAGUCAACACGCAAUUGUCCUACGCCACUGUCACGUGGCCGGAAGUGACAUACACAGACAAUGUCGGGGUCGUAAACGUGGUUGGUCCACAAACUAAUGAACAGAAUUUUACCAUCGGAGUUCAUAAGGUGAAAAUCACGAUAUUCGAUGCUGAAGGAAACUCGGCACUUUGUUCCUUUAAGGUCCACGUGAAGGAUUUGGAACUGCCUGUCGUCAGCAAUUGCCCGGAUGACAUCAACAGGUUUGUUCUGGAGGGUGUCAUGGUGAAGGAGGUCACAUGGCCCGAGCCAACUUUUUCGGACAACUCCGGCAGCGUCACGGUGACGGAUAACAUUCCCACCGAUAAUCUGUUUCCCAUGGGAGAGUACAAUGUUAGAUACCAGGCUGCCGACCCGAGUGGGAACAUCGCCGUCUGUACCUUCUUGGUAAACUUGACACGUGUCAACUGCCCUGAUCUGAGGCAACCAGUUAAUGGUUCAAUAACGUGCGAUACGUCAGCCAUCAAUCCCUUCUGUGAAGCGAAAUGUGAUGCCGGUUUUGAAUUUCUGAAAUCUCCCCCCGAGCAAUAUGUUUGUGGAGCGGACGGAGGGUGGAUCCCUACUGACAACGUCCCGGAUUGCCAUCGCACUUUCACGCCGACUGCCGCAAAAGCAACAUUCAGCGCCCGCUACGCUCACGUGUGCAAGGAUCCGGAAAACGACCCAGUAUUUAUCAAACAAACCAUAAUGCCGAUGUUCCAGUCUCAGCACGUCCAGAGUCUCCAGUUCGCCUGUAUCAACAAACCCUGUACCUUCACAGACCCCGUCAUAACCUGCAGAGAAAAGGAUCUACUUCUCACGUUCUCCAGUAACGAAGACCUCUCAGGGGGGCUGGACCUGGAUGCCUACGUAAACGGCGUUUUAGCUGAAGUCCAGAAACAGAGAUAUGACUCAUUUUUUCUCACGCUUAUCAUUCCUGGAACUCCGGAGUUCUUCUUUCCACCAAUCGCGGAUUUGGAAAACAGGAAGAUAGACGUUCAGCUCAGUUUGACAUGCGCAGAUGGACAGGUCCAGAUACGUAAUAAAUGCGUGGAGUGUCCGCCCGGGGAGCCAGACUGCCCCCUGAUUCAACCUGGACUCGCGUAGAGACUUUUAAGAGAAGAAAAUAAGAGGCUGUGUGCAGUGAACUCUUCGACCUUGACCUUAGUCUGACAUCACGCCAUUUCCAAAGGCAGAUGGACAGUGUGGCUUAAAAACGUGGUCCAAAUAGAUAUAGCCAACUAUGGGCGCACUAAGAGAAUUCUUGCACAAAUCUGACUGCGGGCAUUUUUAUCCGGCUAUAAAUCGUGAUAAAUAUGCAGACUUUGCAAAUUGUUGAUUUAUACGCAAAGCGGGAAGACUUUCAGGAAUAAAUAUCCCUUCAAUAUAUA